AUGGCUGCUGCGGCGCGGCGUCAACCUUCCGACGUUGUCACCUUUGCUCUCCUCCUUGCUUCUCUCCUCCCCGCCACUCUUGCGCGGAAUCCUCUUCCCGACAACGUCUAUUUUGCCGACGAUGACGUCAUCGGCUCAUAUUGCGAGGUCAUACUUGGCGCGCCAUCAGACCCCUUCUCUUCGGUUGACGUCUGCCUGAAGGUGCAUCGGUGA